AUGCCUCUGUUCCAGCACCAGCCAGCCUACACUCCGGACCAGGCCUUCACCAGCCUGUUCCGUCUGAUUGAUGGCUUUGACAACUACUCCCGCGAGGUCAACAACGCUGCGCAGACCAGCGGCAGCAACAACAAGGUGGCCAGCCGCGGUCCGGCCGCCAGCCUGGUGUCGUCGACGCGGGCCUUCAACCCGCGCUUUGACGUGCGCGAGACCGAGACGGCCUACGAGCUGCACGGCGAGCUCCCGGGUGUCGACCGCAACAACAUUGCGAUCGAGUUUUCGGACCCGCAGACGCUGAUUGUGAGCGGCCGCGUCGAGCGCAACUAUGAGAGCGAGCAGCCCCAGCAGCUGCAGCAGCCCGAAACCCAUGCCGAGGCCCAUGCCGAGGCCGUCGCCCAGUCGCCGAGUCUCCGGGCGACGGUCGAGGACGAGGAGGUCGGCGACGAAGGCAUUCUCGUCGGCGAUGAGCACGCCGCUGCCCACAAGGAGGAAGCUGCUGCCACGCCCAAGGAGUCGGCAGUGACCACGACCAACAACACCACCACGGCCGCUGCCCCGGCCGGUCCCCAGCCGGUGCGCUACUGGUACCGCGAGCGCUCGGUCGGGCAGUUCCGCCGGGUCUUUGAGUUCCCCGUGGCCGUCAACGAGGACGCGGUCAAGGCCAACCUCGACAACGGGAUCCUGAGCGUGUCGAUCCCCAAGGCGGCCAAGCGGCAGACGAAGCGCAUCGCCGUGUUCUAA